AUGUCAACACCAAGCUCGUCAGUGUCUUCAUCAACACAGCAGCAGCAGCAGCAGCCGUCAAGGUUCCCAAAGUCGGUUCCCAUUUUCAAACUUGGGAGUCCUAUAAAUACCAUCUGCAUCCCGCUCGGGAAGGAAACCAAAGCAGGAUCAGCAAACCAAACCACAGAUUUGUGUAUAUGCAUGCGAUUUGUAUGGGUCUCGCUGAGCACCGUCGUCGUGGCUGUUUUAGCUGCAGAUUUUCAGGUCUUGGAUUUUGCGAAGAUGGGUGAUGCCAAAUCCUCGUGGCCGGAGCUGCUACGGGCGACGUCUGCCGCGGCGAAGCAGAAGAUCCUUCGUGACCGGCCGGACGUGCGCGUGAUCGUGCUGCCCGUUGGUUCCUUCGUGACCGCCGACUACAACCCCAAGCGUGUCCGCGUCUUCAUCAACUCCUCCGGUUAUGUCGCCAAGGAUGGCCGCGCUCGUCCCUCCGUAAAGAUCGGUGCACAUGGAGAAUCAUCCGGCCGGAGCAAGCAAGAUCGAGAACGAAGCGUUGAUCGAAUAAAAUGUCAAUACCUUCUAAGAACAGAUAGAGAAGGAUCACAUGCUGAAGCAUCGCAUUGUCAAAGAUGCCUCGCCCGAUCUACUCCAAGCUACUAUAAAUACCAUUUCCAUCCAGAUCCAAUCCAUAAACCAAACUGGACACAGCAAGCCAAACCACAGGGAUUCAAGCAACGAACAAGCACAAGUCUUGGAUUCAGCGUUUCUGCAAGAAUGUGUGAACCGGCGAAAUCGUCGUGGCCGGAGCUGGUGGGGUUGAAGGCUGUGGUGGCCAAGCACAAGAUCAUGAGAGACAGGCCGGAUGUGGAGGUGAUCGUGGUGCCCGCCGACUCCAUGGUGACCGCAGAUGUCAACACCAAACGCGUCCGAGUCUUCAUCAACCCCUCCAACAAGAAGGUCGUCAAGGUCCCCAAGAUCGGCUAGGCAAGGAUGCUCGAGUGUAUCGCUCACGUCACGUGCGAGUGUGGUUGACGUGGCAUGAAUAAUGUUGUGUUUCUCGCAGAACGAAAAGAAUAAUAUUGCGGUGUAUCUUUUAAACUUUGGGAGAGUGAUGUUUUGGCACAUGGGAGCAUAUGCUCCCUUAAUUUUAAAAUAUAA